CGUCCGGCAGGUGUAUUUGACAUACAAAUAGUGUGACAAGGACGAAGAGACACGCACACUGUUGCUACCUCCAUGUCCUGCUCCGCAAGCGACACAAGAGGAAGAAAAUAUUUUAGUCAGAAGAACCUCACUGAAAGGGUCAGUGAGAGGAUAUAGUUAAAGAAUGAACUGGGGGUUCCUGGAGAAUAUCUUGAGCGGGGUCAACAAGUACUCUACAGUGAUCGGGCGAAUCUGGCUCUCCGUGGUCUUCAUCUUCCGCAUCCUGGUAUUCGUGGCUGCCGCGGAGGAUGUGUGGAAAGACGAGCACAAGGACUUCGUAUGCAACACGCAGCAGCCGGGAUGCCAUAACGUCUGCUUCGACUACUUCUUCCCGAUGUCGCAGGUGCGCCUGUGGUCCCUACAGCUGAUCAUGGUGUCCACGCCGUCACUUCUUGUGGCUCUGCACGUCGCUUACCGCGACUACCGGGAAAAGAGGCACAGAAAAAAGCUUUACGAAGAUAAGAGCAGCAUCGACGGCGGCUUGCUCUGCACCUACCUCUUCAGCCUGCUUUUCAAGACUGCCUUCGAGGUGGGCUUUCUGGUGGCUUUUUACAAACUGUACAGUGGCUUCCAGGCUCCCAGUCUCCUCCAGUGCAGUACGAGCCCUUGCCCCAACACCGUGGACUGCUAUGUGUCCAGGGCUACCGAGAAAAAGGUGUUCCUCUACAUCAUGACCAGCGCGUCUGUGAUCUGCAUCAUCCUGAACAUCACUGAGAUGAUAUACAUUUUAUCCAGGCAGUGCUGGAAAAGCUUCAGCAAGCGCUACACCCCAGUCAAAAAAUCCCAUUGCCGCUGUCACCAUCACAGCAGUGAUAAAAUCAGCACGUCAUCAUCGAACCCCAUAACGUCCAUCAAACUGACUAGUCCAUCUACUUAAGCCUAAUCGCCCUAAGGAAUUCAUUACAGAUACCUUGGCUGCAGUCUGCCUUUCGCGUCUAUGCACUUCCUUAUGUCAGAGAUAAUUUAGUUUCGCUCUUCACUGGUUUGUUAAGUAUAAUUGUAUUUUUGUCUGUCGUGAAAUAGGUCUUUCUGUUUACGGGAACAUGAAGCUGACCCAGCCUAUACGGAAUUAAGAGCUCAGAUUACCUUUGCCAGUCUCCAAACCAAACAAAAGGUUUCCGACGCUAUACAGCGUGACGAGAGGAUGGCAUUCGAAAGUCACACGGUUUCUCAACCCUCAGAACUGGAAGAUUUGGUAUCCCAUAAUGCACUGCUUACAGCUGUAUCCCCAUCAAAAGUGAAUCAUCCCCAUACGAUGUGAGUGAAUCUGGAUACUGGUGGUAGGUAUUUAAGAGUUAAACAGCUAAACAGCUGGAAGUUUAAGCGCUCAGAUGUAGCCCUGGGGAACUCGUGCAGAGGCUGGAACUUUAACCCUAAUUUAUAAAACUGAAAACUAUGUUAUCCGAAUUUGUUUUUCCACGAUGCAUAAAAAGUGUUAUCUGAUUAAGGAAAAUACUUUUAAAACCAUCUACAAAUUAUACCAAUUGUUAAUGAACUCGGGUCCCAUAUUGACACACCAGAGAGACGCACACAACUGUGUCCAAUAAGAGACUAAAGAAAUCAUCAAAACUAUUCUGUAUUAAAAGCUUUACAAUAAAGAUUGCAUAUAAAGACA